AUGGCUCAGACAGAUCAUGAAUUUCUUGAACUGUGCUUGGAGCCAUUGUGGCAGGGUUCCAGCUCUGCAGAUCAAUACGCCUCUUGCUUCUCAUCUUCCACUGGAGCUAUUUUGCUUGGACGAGGUGGCUGUGAGCCACCUGAACCCAAAUGGAAGAUUAAUUUAGCUUUGGGAAGCCGUCGUCACUGUUGGUUCCAGCACUCGAGCGACUUGGAGAGUGGAGGGCCCGGAGGGCAUCACGUGCGAGUUGUAGAUGUGAGCAGAGGUGGAACCUUCGUCAAUGGGAAGCCUGUGAGCCGCACGAAGGGCACAGCUCUGUUUGAUGGUGAUGUUCUUUCACUAGUCAAUGCCAGACCUGCCACUUCAGAUGAGGACUUUCGCGCUUGGAAUGUGCGUAUCAAAAGCUCUCGCAUGACUUACGCUGGUUCUAGUGUGCCUGAGCUUCCUCAAUCUGAGCUUGUAAGUUCAGGUCAGCGAGAACGGAUCUCAUUUCAGAUUGCGAGGCCCGAGGUGCAGAGAACGUUUAAUGCUUCUGGAUACACUGCAGAAGCGCGAGAAUUCCUAAGUCAGCUCCCCUUGCGGAGGCAGGAUUCUGAGGAUACCUCGGAACCCGAGCCAGAAGAAGCAACCGAAGAACCAGAGGAGGCACCAGAGGAGGCACCCGAUGCACACGAGGACCAAGAAAAAGAACUACGAGAUGCCGAUGGACAGGAUGUGCAGGUGGCUGAGACCACGGAGUUGAUUGCACAACUCCAACUUGAUGCUGUUGAUACGAGUGCGGAGGGCCAAACGGAUUACCCGGAGCAGUACGCAAUCAUUGACACCAAUCAGCUACUUGAGCACUUGGAUGCUGUGAACAGCAUUUUGGAGAACAUUUGUGGUGUCAACAUCAUUGUUCCCGUCGUGGUGCUGCAUGAGCUUGAUAGGAUCUCCAAGCAAAGCGACAGCCGUGCGACGGCAGCGCGUUGCGCCAGGAGCUUUCUUGAGCGCUUUAUUUCUGGGAAGCGAUGUUCAGCCGGACAUGAAGCCAGCACCAUCAGUUUGCAGAAGAUGGCAGAAAGCCUUUCAGAGCCGAUCCGUGGUGUUCGCGGCAACAACGACGACCAGAUCUUGGCAUGCGCCGUGUAUUUUGCAACGGCUGUGGCGUCCCAACGCACAGAGGUUUUCACAGAAGACCGAGGGCUCUCAGUCAAACUGCGUGGACGCGAUGUGCCCACCGAAUCGGUGAACGCUUGCUUGACACGUGGGCUAGGAUCCCGGCUUGCUUGA